CGCGCAGAGACAGUGGGUGGUGAUGUAGCCCCGGCCCAUUAAAAAUAGUAUUAUUACUAUAUUAUUAAUAACAAUAAUCAUUUCAGUAUUUUGUGUUCUGGUCUUUUGGACUUCUGGUAUCUAUUCUGUUUUAUGCGUUUUUUGUGAGAUUUCGUUAUAUUUUAUAUUAAGUUUUUUUUUCUGUAGCCCAAUCAACGGUUAAAAAGCUUUAUGUUCCAUAAACAUGCGCUGUUCAUAUUGUAGCUAAUUUUUUACUGACCAAUAAGUUCAUUGGUCUGUAGUAACCGAUAUGCUCUACUUUUAGAUGCAUGAAAAAAUAUCAAAUUAAAUCAUGUAUAUAAUGUAUAGGUCCACAGAAGUAAAGCACAAAGGAUAGUAAAAAAAAAAAAAAAACCCGGCACAUACAACAGAAACAAACUCGAGUAACAAUAUUGUGGAUUUACUUCCGUAAGUCAUGUGACGCUACUUCCGUUGUCCGGACGCUUUUUUGGUCGUUAUGGUUAACUGGAAAAAUCACAGUUCGACUUUUUGUUGUUGUUGUUGUUGUUUAUCUUAAUACAAAAAAUGUUUAAUUUAAGGAUACUGUAAAAGUUGUAUUAGGUAUUUUCUUAUCUGAAUGCUAAUGUUGCUGCACAAUCAUGUGAGUUGUCGUGAUAACGGGAACCAAAUUAGCUGGCUAGCUGAACUAGUUAAUGUUUUAUCCAAUAAGGAAAUGUUUUAUCCAAUAAGGAAUAUAUAGAAUGAGCGACAUCGAUAAUGACAGAUAAACAUAAUCCGUCACUGUCAGUUAGCUAACACUAGUCGGUAAUUAAAAUACAACGCAGUGUUUCUAUACAGAACUAACUAUCUAGCAUCUCGUUGUAGUAAUAGUAUUGUGUGCGAAAAACAACAGUAUUUAUUAUUUAAAAUGUGGACUCGUGGAGGCAUCCGCAGUUCAGCUCUGGACAGGGCAAAGGCUCAGCUCUCUGGACAGAGAGUCACAAACAGCGGAACAUUAAGGGAUGAUAAAAGAGAAAACGUGGUCAGUGCCAGCUUUGGAAAAGUCCUGCAAUCCAGACAGAUGCCUGUGCACAGCCUAAGUGAUCUCUCCUCAGGCGCUGAAAGUGAAAAGCAAAAUUAUCAUGCUCAUCCUGAUAAAACAGAGCCAGUAGAACAGUUUGGCAUGGGUGGUGGAAGUAGAUUUCUAAAGAAGAAUGUUAACAGACAGUCGUCAUCUGCUGACACAAGCAAGGACAAGUUCAUCCCUCAGCGUGGCUCACAGAGUGUGGCACUAAGCAGACUCGUGCUGAUCGAAGACCGCUUCAGAAAUCGUACAAACAGCAAGCUUGGCGUAGACACUGUUGCAGACCACAAAUCCAGUCUCUCUGUCCAGUCCAGCAGUGAGCUGAGUGCCACCAACAGGAGCCAUUUCCUUAAAAAGAAAACAUCCAGUCCUAACAGUCAGAAGGAGUCUGAGAGGCCACAUACAGAUAUUUGCAUGGGCCCUACACACUCAGUGUCUCUUAUGCAAAAAGGUGCGAGUGUAGACAGCGAUGAAGAAGACAUGCGUAAACUCCUAGGAGAAUCCUUCGAAUCACCAGAUGGAGUCAAAGACAUGAGACGGACAGAGACGAGUCCUCAGCGGGCUGUUAAGACAUACAGGAAAAAUAGUAAAGAGGUUGACGUGCCUGCUCCCGAGCAUAAAGAAAAGCAGCCAGUUCAGUCAGCAUUCGCAGCACAGCAUUAUAAGAGCCCCUCUCCAUCACCACCGUCAUCUCGUAAAAUCUCCUCACCCAGCAGGCCUUUCUCCCAGAGAGCUGACCUCAACUCGUCACUGUCCUCAGCGCCAGAUCACAGUGAGAUUAGGUCCCUUGAGGAGCUUUUCCCCAUUGCCUCUGAUCAUGAUGACACGCAGAGUGAGAGAAGUGUGCUAUCUGAUGAUUUCAAGUUAAAUGUGAUGACGCUGGACGAUUUGGCUCCUGAUACCCUUAAUAUAGCUGGAUUAUCAAAAGAAAAGUCUGCUGCGAGUCCCCGGGAGCUCAGUGUGUUCUCAGCCGGAGAGAUCCUGCACAAGCCUGUGGAUGAACCAGCGUGGUACGAGAGUGACUUCGAGAGUGAGAUCCAGACCGAAAUGGCUCAGAGUGUGGACGACAUCUCCGAGCAUCUCUCUGGUGGAAGUGAACAUUCCUUUGUAGCUUCUGAGCCUCAGUCUCUCUCAGCUAAAUCAAACGGCGAUGAUGAUGAUUACAUGCUCUCAGGAAAGCCUUCCAAGUCCGAGAGUGUCCAUUACAGUAGAUCUGAGUCCAGUUUAAGCCACGGCAGAUGCUCUGACACCCCGUCCUACUCCAGUGACGCCACGCAUACUCACACCAAUCCACAGAGUCCCGGUGUGAGACGACCCAAGAAGGAUGCCACAGUGCAGACGCAAGCAGAGGGACUCGCUUAUAUGUGGUCUUCUGGUCAGUCUGUACUGGACCCAUCAGUAGGAAUGUCCUACACGGAUCCAACGCCUGUGGCGAGUCACAUGAUCAGCACUGAAGCUAUGGAAGCAUUAACGGCGUACAGUCCUGCUGUGUUUGCUCUGAACGACAUGCUGAGGCAGCAGCUCACACUGACCAGGAGCUUCAUCCAGUCCAGCAGGCAUUUACACCAAGCCAUGCUUGAGUCCCUGGGGCCCGCCGACUACAGAUACACCACGCUGGAGGACACGAAGGAGUUUAUCCGUUGUAACAGGCCUCCUAAGCUGACCUUGGAGGAUGCACUGGAGGAGGUGCUGCAGGAGAUGAGGGACUAUCACUAUAUUUGAAGUGCACAUUUACAGAAUUGUAGAUGGAACAAGCUGCACAAGGAGAAGCU